UGACGUUAUAGUCGUUCAUAUAACGGUACGUGUAAAAGCCUAAGUUCGAAUUCUACUUCAUUGUUCAGUCACUGUUUCAGCAUCCGUAUUACCUCUCAACGUUGCAAUUUUUUAAAAGUUGAACCUCGAUUUUGAAAUACGUUUUUAACAAAAUACCAUACCCAUUUCUGCAGGUAACUUAGGCUGAAACAUUGGUAAAAUCACCAACAAAAUUAAAUUUACUUCGAUACAAACCGGAUAACGAUACAUCGGAUAUGCGUUGUUGUGAGAAUAAGUCUGCAAGAGUGAGCUUGCUGUUUUUGUGCUUAUUUUUAGUCACAAGCACCGUCCAAGCUUUAGAAAACAUUCCUUACGUAUUCGGACACAGAUCUUACGAAUCAGACACAGAUCGAGAAAUGAUACUAGCUAUUUUAGACAGAUUAGGACAAACUAUAAGAGCAAAUGCAGCAAAUGAUGUUGAAAAUGCAAAGAGAGGAUUAGAUUUAGGCUUAAGUCGUGGUUAUUCGGGUUCACAACAGGCGAAACACAUGAUGGGAAUAGCAGCCGCCGGUUUAUCGGGUGGACCAGGCAGACGACGUAGAAGUCAAGAUACAUAUCGUUACGGAAUGCCAUAUUGAUUUUUAAUAUUAUUUAUACAAUCAUUUUAUUUUACCUGUAUUAUAAUCGGGUCUAGUUUCCACUACCUUUUUACAUAAUUCAUUUGCUUAGAGAAAAUGUUUCAUAAUUAAAAAUUUCUGUGCCUAUCAGCGGCAACAAGUUGAUCAACGAAGAAAAAUUUCAACCCAAACCAAAUAAUGUCAAGUUCGAGAAUACUCCUACCUACCUACAUACAUACCUAUCUACCUACCUAUAACUAUCUAUCUAUUUCAUUCGUGUACACUAAAAUUUUAUGUAACUAAUAUUAUUUAUUUUAGUUUAAGUAUUAAGCCUUGUGUAUCUAUGCUUUGAAAAUCCUCCUUUUUCGAUACUUUGAACUUUAGUCAACUUGAAGCAUUAAAAAAAAUAUAAAAAAUACAUUUCGAAAUAUUCAUGAACCCAAUUCGUUUCGAAUUUAAGCUCUUAGUGAACAUUUUAUAAACAAUCAACCAAAGGAGGACAAAAGAAUGAAAAACGAGGCUUCACCACCAAUAUUUAUAAUGUAAGACUGUCAUUCCAUUUUCUACUUACAACAUCGAGCAUAAUUUUAAUCGCUUUUUGAAUUUAUAUACUUAAAUACAAAAAUAACGUGUGUUUUCCAGUUACCAAUUCACAUAGCCUACGUAACUUUUAUGCCCACAACUACGAUGUUUAAGACGUUUAGCGCGAUAUGUACUAUCUUGUCCAUCAAUAAAUAUUUUUUGAAUCA